AUGGCUCAUUCAAAGCUAUAUUUGUUUCUGAUUUUCUUGGCUACAUGGGCAGUUGUGGGUUUAGGGGUCGGUCUUGAUUCCUUGACAUCAGUGGGAUCAAUGGGAUGCCUGCAGAAAUUGGCGCCAUGCAAACAGUACUUUAAGCAACUGGACAAGGUUCCUGAAACAUGUUGUAACCCGAUGAAGGAUAUGCUAUCGGACAAGUCCGACGAUAGGACGUGCAUUUGCGGCGCCAUUAGCAACCCCCUCGUUUUGAAGAACCUGAACGUAACCCAGGAUGAGAUCAUAGAUCUCGCAGAUGCUUGUGGUUUGAAGGCUGAUGUUUCAAAAUGCGACAGUAUGCAAAAGGAUAUUAAAAAUGCUGCAUCACCAUCGCCAUCGAAAAACGAAACUGCGCCAAGUCCACCAGCACCAUCACCUUCUUCUAAUGCAGCAGCCUCUUGCUUCCGCGAAUCUGGUUUUGCAGCCUCUUUCAUUGUGACGCUAAUUUUCUCAGCCGCCUUCUCAUAA